AUGGCGGUGAAGUCGCGGCGGGCCGGCACCAGCGCAGUGGGAGUGGCCAUACUCCUAGUCGCCAGCUCAUGGUCUCAAGCCUUCAUCGCAAGCCCGGGCCAUUUCUGGACGCAGUGCCCCAGGCACCGGGCGGAUCAUCCAACUUGCCGCGGAGCGCAAGAGGCCGCGUUGGCGGAAAAGCAGCUGAUGCCUGGCGAUGCCGUGCGCGUCUUGCAUCCUGAACGCCAAGAGUGGUGUGAAGGCGUCAUCCAGGCGGUGAAAGCAGAGGGCCUCUACUCCGUAAAAGCGGACAUGCCGGACCGAGAUUCCGAGUGGCUCACCGUGGAAGAGGACGAGCUUGAGCCCAUGUUCGUCUACAAGGACUUCCGCAAAGGUCACCGAGUCCUCUUCGUGCUGCAGGGGGUCGGAGCAACGCGUGCGAGAGUCAAGGACGUCCAGCCGAGAGGCGUCUAUGUCGUUACUUAUCGAAGACCUGGUGGUCCCGUGGUGGAAACCAUCGUGCAUGCCAAGGACAUGAGAUUACAGACCAGCGAGCUCCGCCCCUAUCAGAAAUGCACCGGCAAGAUCCACGCGAUCGACGAGGAGUUUGCCAUCAUCGACAUGGGUACGGAAGCCUAUGGAAAGCUGAGCUUGAGAGAGGUUCCGGAGGAUCUCUACAUUGGACAGGAAGUUGAGGUGAGGAUUGUGCGAAUCCACCACAAGGACCAAAGCAUUCAGGUCGCUUGGGCUGGAGAGCGGCGGCGGCCUGCACGGAAGGGGGGCGCAGUUGAUCGACGGCCGAUCAGGAUGAAGAUGAGAUUCAAUGCCUUCGCAGACAUUCCGACCACAAAGUGGCUGGAGGGGAAGGUGAUGGCUUUGCUUGAGUACGGAGCGAUGGUGCGGGUCUGGCUGGAUGCUGAGAAGUUUGCAGACGGCCUCGUCCACAAGACGAGCUUCCGGGACGGGCCGGUAGAGGAUGUCGCCAGCGAGCUGGAGGUGGGACAGGCCGUGCAGGUUCGGGUGAAGAGGUUAGAUCUGGUGAAGCAACAGCUAGAGUUCACCAUGUACAACUAUGUGCCCACCACCAAGUCCGCACUCAGUGAAUUUGCCGCAAUGCCACAGGACCGCUGGCUCAAAGGAAAGGUGCGGAAGCUCAUGCCCUUCGGUCUCUUUGUCACCGUCCAGGGAGACAAUGUGCAAGCGGAUGGGCUGGUGCAUGUGAGAAAUGCCAAGGAGGGCUUCCUGCCGAAGUUGGAAGACGAGUUCUAUGUCGGUCAGGAGGUGGAUGUCCGCGUGGAGUACGUCGACCUUGGGCAAGAGAAGAUGGGUCUGACUAUGCUCGGUCCGAACGCUGCCAGUAGGAAGCCGGAGGCUCCAUAG